AUGGCGGUCGCCAACCUGCGGACGUACCUCCAGGGCCCCACCGCCCCACCACCGCAACCAUCGGCCGCCGCCAUCGCGACCGCUGCCACCCUCCCGACACCACCGCCGGCCUCCACCGGCUACCCGCAGGGGGUGCCGAUAACUCAAACUCGGUUCCCACCCUCGUCGUCGCAGCGCCCGGCGUGGCUCGACGCGCCCGUCUUCACCACGGCGCCCACCCAACCCACGCACUACACCGCCGGGCCGCCCGCUGCACAGCCGCCUCAUUUCUCCAAACUGGAGUUCGCCACAUACGACGGCACCGUCGACCCCCUAAACUGGCUAAACCAGUGCGACCAGUUUUUCCGAGGCCAGCGGACACAGGCGUCCGACUGCACCUGGAUCGCCUCCUACCACCUCCGCGGAGCCGCACAGACGUGGUACUACGCCCCCGAGCAGGACGCGGGCGGGAUUCCUCCGUGGGAGCGCUUCCACGACCUCUGCCUCCUCCGUUUCGGUCCACCGAUCCGCGGGAGCCGGCUGGCCGAGCUCGGCCGCCUCCCCUUCACCUCCUCGGUGCAGGACUUCGCCGACCACUUCCAGACAUUGGCAUGCCAUGCGCCCGGCGUCACGGCUCGCCAACGCGCCAACCUAUUCGUCAGCGGCCUGCCAGACCACAUCCGCGUCGACGUGGAGAUGUGUGAGCCACCGGACUUGCAGACGGCCACCGAGAUCGCUGCUUCGACGCUCUCCGAGGCCGGUGUCACGACCUACGGGCCGGUCGACGCUACCUCCUUAGUCGUCUCCCUCCACGCGCUGGCAGGCAUCAAGACGCCGAAGACCAUGCUGCUCCCGGUGACUAUCAACGGGGAGUGCCUCACCGCGCUCGUCGACACGGGCUCGACGCAUAACUUCCUGUCCGGGGCCGCCAUGCGUCGCCUCGCCUUACAUCCCUCGGGCGCCGACACUCUCAACGUCACCGUCGCCAACGGGGACCGCCUAGCCUGCCAGGAUGUUGCCGCCACCCUCAUCGCCUUCUUCGCCUAUGUCUCCACUCAGUUCGGUCGCCCCAUCCACGCUUUACAAACUGACAACGGCAAGGAGUUCGACAACAUCACCAUUCGCUCACUUCUCGCCACCCACGAUGUCGUCUACCGCCUCACGUGUCCAUACACUUCCUCAUAG